AUGCUGCCCACGCGUCACGGCCGUAAUGGCCGCCCCGAGACAAGUUGGUUACUGCUGCCCAAGUUCUACGUGUACGUGGGGGCACUGGCCAUCUUCGCGGUUGGCGCGCUGUUUGGCGGUGGCUACUACCAGACAAGCGGCGGUCACAGUGCCAUGACGCCGGUGUUCCGCCGCUUCGCGUCCCCCAAGCCCACAGUGCUAGUCACGGGUGGUCUGGGCUUCAUCGGCAGUCACGUGGUGGAGGACUUGCUUGCCAAUAACUUCGAGGUGGUGGUGUACGAUGACAUGAGCAACGGCAAGAACUUCAAUCGCGGCGCGGCUGCUGUGCUGGUCAAGGAUAUCACUGUGGUGGACGACUUCUCCUUUAUCAUUCACAAGAUUGACUACGUGGUGCAUCUUGCCGCAGCGAUCUCGGUGGAGGAGAGUACUCGUCUUCCCGAGAAAUAUGAGCGCAUUAACGUCGAAGGUUCGCGCAAGGUGCUCGACUGGGCCGCCAAGAAUGGCGUCAAGCGAGUUGUUGCUGCUUCCUCCGCUGCCACGUACGGUACUCCACUCCCCGAGAACUUACCUUUGAGUGAAGAAACCGCCACUGGUGGAAUCUGCGCGUAUGCCACGACCAAAUUCCAGAUGGAGAAAUUGAUGAAGCAGUUCAACGAGGACUAUGGUCUUCCGUCGACGGCGCUACGUUUCUUCAACGUAUUAACGGAACACUGA